UGCUUUUGAUCUUGAGAUCUGAAACACAACAAACUUGAAUGAUCGAUUCGUGUUUUUUUGGAUUUUCUUAAAUUUGGGUAGGCAAAAAACAUCAUAUUGAUUCCUUCUAAUUUGAUUCACUUUCUCUCUCGAGAACAAAGUUUUAGAUCUAGUUUUAUUUUGUCUGAGUUAUCGGAGAAGAUAUUAUCGGUGAGUUCGAGAAUCGGUGAGUUCACCGGAGAAGAAAUUAUCGGACUUGUAUUUACCAAGCUCUUCUGGGAUUGGACCGAAGAAGAAGUUGUUAGAGAGUAUCAACAUCUCUAGCUUCUCGCCUCUGCAUAAAUCCAUGGGGAUAAGUCCGCAUUACUCAAAGUUACCUGAUAUAAAACGUGUAAUUGUGAACACACAUGCUAUCGAGCCACAGGCUCUUGUUGAGUUUUUUGGCACUCUUUCUAGCGAAUGGGCUAUGGAGUGCAUGAGGGAUCUGUUGCUGGUCAACCUAAGAGGAAAUCUGCAGAUAAUCGUUCAGGCUUGCAAGGAGUACUGUGAGCAACUAGGUGUUGAUGCAUGUAUUAAGCUCUUUGAGCAGUUCAAGUCAUACGAAGGGCUAUACUUUUUCCUAGGUUCAUAUUUGAGUAUGAGUGAGGAUCCGGAGAUUCAUUUCAAGUACAUUGAAGCUGCUGCCAAGACUGGUCAAAUAAAGGAGGUUGAGCGUGUAACUAGAGAAUCUAACUUCUAUGAUGCUGAAAAGACGAAAAACUUUUUGAUGGAAGCUAAGCUGCCUGAUGCACGACCUUUGAUAAAUGUCUGCGACCGUUUCGGCUUUGUGCCUGAUCUUACUCAUUACCUCUACACAACAACAUGCUUCGUUACAUUGAAGGUUACGUACAAAAGGUGAACCCUGCGAAUGCUCCCUUAGUUGUGGGACAGUUGCUUGAUGAUGAAUGCCCUGAAGAUUUUAUAAAAGGCCUUAUUCUUUCUGUUCGUUCGUUGCUUCCUGUCGAACCACUUGUGGAGGAAUGCGAGAAGAGAAAUCGACUUCGUCUCCUCACUCAGUUCUUGGAGCAUCUAGUUAGUGAGGGAAGCCAAGACGUGCAUGUCCAUAAUGCCUUGGGUAAAAUUAUCGUAGACAAUAACAACAACCCUGAGCAUUUCCUGACCGCCAACCCUUACUACGACUCUAAGGUUGUGGGUAAAUAUUGUGAGAAACGUGAUCCUACCUUGGCGGUUGUGGCAUACAGAAGAGGACAAUGUGAUGAGGAACUCAUCAAUGUCACUAACAAAAACUCGUUGUUCAAGUAUGUGGUGGAGAGGAUGGAUGGUGAUCUCUGGGAUAAGGUUCUUGAAGAAAACAAUGAGUAUAGACGACAACUUAUUGACCAAGUUGUUUCUACUGCUUUACCUGAAAGCAAGAGCCCGGAACAAGUUUCUGCAGCUGUUAAAGCAUUCAUGACUGCUGAUUUGCCACACGAGCUUAUUGAUCUUUAUUGGGCCGCAUAUGGGCUGCGGUUUGUGUCUAAUGUGUAUAACUUGCUCGGCAAAUCUUGUGUAGGGUUUCUUAGAGAUUGAGU